UAACCCCCACGAACACGAAAUAAUCAGAUCGUGGAAGAUCACUGCAAAGAACAAUCGCGGAAUGGAAACUUCAAGACCUAGUUUAGAUUUUCACUGCUUCUUCCUCUAGAUGUUCGUCGUUCUCCUCCGUCCAGAAGCUUACGGAUUCAUUCAGAUCUCCCGAGUAAUCCCGAUCUGAUUCCCUAUCCUAGAACCACCGACGACGAACAAUGGUGGGGGCGGCCUCCGCUCUGUUUCUUCUCGACAUCAAGGGCCGAGUUCUCGUUUGGCGCGACUACCGCGGCGAUGUCUCCGCCGUUCAAGCCGAGCGCUUCUUCACCAAGCUCAUCGAGAAAGAGGGUGAUUCACAAUCGAAUGAUCCAGUUGCUUAUGAUAAUGGAGUGACCUACAUGUUUGUACAACAUAGUAACAUUUAUCUGAUGAUAGCAUCAAGGCAGAACUGUAACGCCGCCAGCCUUCUCUUCUUCCUCCACCGUGUAGUCGAUGUCUUCAAGCACUACUUUGAGGAGCUUGAGGAGGAAUCACUGAGGGAUAACUUUGUUGUAGUGUAUGAAUUACUUGAUGAGAUGAUGGACUUUGGUUACCCUCAGUAUACUGAAGCAAGAAUCCUUAGUGAAUUCAUCAAGACCGACGCAUAUAGAAUGGAAGUUACACAGAGACCUCCGAUGGCUGUUACCAAUGCUGUCUCCUGGAGGAGUGAGGGUAUACAGUACAAGAAGAAUGAAGUUUUCUUGGAUGUCAUAGAAAGUGUAAAUAUUCUUGUCAACAGUAAUGGGCAAAUUGUCAGGUCUGAUGUCGUUGGAGCAUUGAAGAUGCGAACUUACUUAAGUGGAAUGCCAGAGUGUAAGUUAGGCCUGAAUGAUAGAGUACUGCUGGAAGCACAGGGACGGGCAACAAAGGGAAAAGCCAUAGAUUUGGAGGAUAUCAAAUUCCAUCAGUGUGUUCGAUUGGCCCGUUUCGAAAAUGAUAGGACAAUAUCCUUCAUUCCACCUGAUGGAUCUUUCGAUUUAAUGACAUAUAGACUCAGUACCCAGGUCAAGCCUCUUAUUUGGGUCGAAGCUCAGAUAGAGAGGCACUCGAGAAGUCGUGUUGAGAUGCUUGUAAAAGCUAGGAGUCAGUUUAAGGAACGAAGUACCGCAACUAAUGUUGAGAUUGAGUUGCCCGUUCCACAAGAUGCAUCUAACCCUAAUGUGAGGACUUCUCUUGGUUCUGCCGCCUAUGCUCCUGAAAAGGAUGCACUCGUCUGGAAAAUCAAAUCAUUCCCCGGGAACAAGGAGUAUAUGUUGAGGGCAGAGUUCCAUCUUCCAAGUAUAACAGCGGAAGAAGCUACACCAGAGAGGAAAGCACCUAUCCGAGUCAAAUUCGAGAUACCAUAUUUCACUGUUUCAGGAAUUCAGGUCCGAUACCUGAAGAUCAUCGAAAAGAGCGGGUAUCAAGCACUUCCGUGGGUGAGAUACAUAACCAUGGCUGGUGAAUAUGAACUAAGGCUCAUGUAAGAUCAGAUCUUUUAUCUUAAUUCUGGUGGUUGUCAAUUCUCGCCAUUGUGAUCCCCCCAAACCCUCGUGAAAUCGCCUAAAGCAUGAGCAAAGUGAUAAGAUUCUGCAAAAUGAAGAAAAUGAGAGUGAAAAAAAGAGACCAUUCGAAGUUUGUUUAGCUGAUGAACUCGCGUUGAAUGGUAGGGAUGGUUCCUGUUGUUCCCAAAUGGUGUUAGCAAUUUAUUAAGAAGCCGAUGUUCUUGUGAGUUCUCCAAUGCUUUAUUUUAUACGCCUAUUUUCUCAAUGUAAGAUCUUCCACAUUGUUUUCA